UCCGACUCUGAGGUCCAGCAGCGUUAAAGCAAUGCUUUAACUCUGAAAGUACCCUGAUCACAAACUUGAACGAUCAACAUAAAUGCUCUGCGGACUAAAAUAAUUGUUUAAUCGCUGGGUCAUCGCCUCAUGGCAGAGAUUUUUUAUGUUGGAGUGGACGUGGGCACAGCCAGUGUGAGGGCUGCACUAGUGACCAGGGAGGGCCUGCUGAAGAGCACUGCACAGGAGCCCAUCGGCAUUUGGGAGCCGGAGUCUGACCACUAUGUCCAGUCCUCCACUGAGAUCUGGGAGAAAUGCUGCACAGUUGUCAAGAAAGUUACUCACGGUGUGGAGAAGAGCCAGAUUAGGGGGAUUGGCUUUGAUGCCACCUGCUCUCUAGUGGUUUUGGACCAAAGCUUCCAGCCUGUGCCUGUCAGUCAGGAAGGUGACCCCCAAAGGAACGUAGUGAUGUGGAUGGACCAUCGUGCUACAGAGCAGGCUGAUCGUAUAACAAAAAAUGGCCACAGGGUCCUCAGCAGGGUAGGAGGAGUCAUGUCACCAGAGAUGCAACCCCCUAAGCUGCUCUGGCUUAAAGAGAAUCUAAAGGAGAGCUGCUGGAACAAAGCCAGUCACUUUUUUGAUCUUCCAGACUUCUUGUCUUGGAAGGCAUCCGGCUCUUUAACGAGGUCUUUAUGUACUCUGGUGUGUAAGUGGACCUACUGCCCUCCAGAAGGAUGGGAUGCCAGCUUCUGGACGAGCAUUGGACUGGACGACCUUCUGGAAAAUAACUUCUCCAAAAUAGGCCAGAAAAUGACAUUUUAUACAUUCAGAUAG